AUGCUGACGAUUGUAUCAAACCCUCUGUCUCUGAGACUUACACCUCUAUGUGAAAGCCACGGGUUCUUGAAAUAUCGGAGUAAAAUUUCGACUUGUUGUUCAUUAAGUGAAGAACCAAAGUACCAAAGCUUGAGUCGGAGGAAUCUUGUUUAUGUUUUGGUUUCUUCACCGUGUUUGUUUCUGGCGUUACCUUCAUCUGCGAAGACUAAAUCAAAGAGCCCUUAUGAUGAGAGAAGGUUACUAGAACAGAACAAGAGGAUACAGAGAGAGAACAAUGCUCCUGAUGAGUUUCCCAACUUUGUUAGAGAAGGUUUUGAGGUAAAGGUAGUAGCUUCAGAUAAUUACAUAAAGGCUGAUUCAGGCCUCAUAUAUAGAGAUUUCAGUGUUGGUCAAGGUGAUUUCCCCAAAGAUGGUCAGCAGGUGACUUUUCAUUAUAUUGGAUACAAUGAGUCCGGAAGACGAAUAGACAGUACUUACAUUCAGGGCUCACCUGCUAAAAUCCGCAUGGGAACCAAUGCACUUGUUCCAGGAUUUGAAAUGGGUAUUCGUGACAUGAAGCCUGGUGGAAGAAGAAGAAUCAUCAUCCCUCCAGAAUUGGGACCUCCGGUGGGACCUUCGACCUUCUUCAGCUCGAAGCAGUUUGAAGUUUUUGACGUGGAGCUGGUUAGUAUCCAGAAUUGUGAGAGGAGGACAAUAGGAUUCUACUCAGAUGUCACUUGCAAUUAA